AUGUCUUACUCCGCCGAAUCCAUCGCCACCGCCUGGGCCAAUGCCGAGAUUGCUGCCGCCGCCGCCGCCGGAGCUCCUGCUCCCGCCGCCGCCGCCGUCGCACCUGCUGCGGCCCAGGCCGACCUCGCCUCCUCCUCUGCCGCCGACUCCGCUGAUGCGGAUGACGACUUUGGAUGGACUGACGACGCGUUGGAUGACUUGGAAGCCGAAGUCGACUCGCUGAUUCCGCCGCCGCAGACCUCCGCCCCCGGCGGAGGCUUCGCGUUCGGUGCCGGAAUGGGGUUCGACUUCGGUUUCGGAUCCGCCGCCCCGGGCGCGGCUACUGUUCCGUCGGUCGCUGAGCCGCGAGGCUUGGCGCAGGUUCAGCCCGCUGCCCCGGCAGCUACACCGUUCGCCUUCACAUUUGGUGAAGCUGGUCCUGGCAUGGCCGGAAUGCCGGCAGUCAAGUCGCGAGGCUUGACGCAAGUCCGGCCCUCUGUCUCGGCAGCUCCGAGCUUUACCUUCGGUGGAGGAAUGGGGAGCAACUUCGGCUUCGCCGCUGGCAUGGCUGGAUCGUCGGUCGUCUCGCCGCAAGGCUUGACGCAAGUCCAGCCCGCUGCCGCGGCCGCCCCGAGUUUGGCUCCCGGUGGAGGAAUGAGCAGCAGCUCGGGCUCUGCCUUCGGCAUGGCUGGAUCGUCGGUCGUCAAGCCGCAAGGCUUGACGCAAGUCCAGCCCGCUGCCGCGGCUGCCACGAGCCCUGUCUCCGGUGGAGGAGUGCUUUCCCGCUUCUCUCCGCCAAUGUUGAGGAAGAAGGAGGUCCGCUUCGGCGUCCCUGGGACGUCGGAUGCCUCCCCUUCCUCCGCCUUCGGAUCCCGGUCUUCGGGCCAGAAGAGCCCGCAGCGUCAGGUUGCCUCGAGCCUGCAGCCCCAGGCUGCCUCGAGUGCUUCCACUGCGGCGCCGGUCUUUGCCGCUCCCGCUGCCGCCCCCGUCCCGUCCGUCGCGAGCCCCGUGGCUCAGCAGACGUCGGGCGGCAGCCAGGACGCCGCCACCAAUGGCCAAUCUGGCACCCCUCUCGGCAGUGGCCCCGAGAAUGUCUCGAGCACUUCGUCGUCGUGCGUGGCUCCGGCCACCACAGCGAAGGUCGCCAAGAGACAUUCGCGGGCCACCAAGAGAGUGGUCAGACGGGAGAAGGAGGCUCUGGCGAGAGCAAGUGUUCAGGUGCUCCGACUGAAGGAGCACCUGAAGGAGCAACGGGUUGCUUCGGAGGAGGCUCGGGGAUGGCGCGAUGUCGCCGGGGGAUUGAGGGAGGCCUUGGAGAGGCAGGAGAGGGAGCAUGCCGAGGGCAUGAGGAAGUUGGAGGAGCAGCAUGCCAAGAGCAUCGCUGAGGAGUUGGCGCGGGUGGAGGAGAAGCAUGCCAAGAGCAUUGCUGUGGAGGUGAAGAGAGCGGAGGAGAUGGGGAAGAAGCAUGCCAAGAGCAUUGCUGAGGAGUCGAGACGGGCAGAGGCCCUGGGGGAGGAGGUCCAGAUGCUGAAGGGGCAACUGGAGGCAGCGAUGGCCGGCAAUGCCGGCAAGCUGCAGGAGGGUCUGAUGGCCAAAGCCUUCAGGCGGGCGCAGGAUGCCGUCGCUUCCAAGAGCAAGACGGUCCUUGAGCAAGCUGAGCGGAUCGCCAGCUACGAGCGACAGCUCAAGGACGCGAUCGGAGCUCUGGAUGCAGCAGGCAUCUCCAACGGUGUAAUCUCGCCAUCAGAUUACAUCCGGGAGUCCGCCGCAGCAAUGAUUGACCAAGACAAGGUCAUCGUGCUGUUGGACGCCGAGAGAAAGGCUCUGAGAGCCGGACUCGAGGAGUCCGAAGGCAGGGUCAAGAGUCUGGAGUAUGGAAAGCGUGCCCUCCAGGGCACGCUGGAUAUCGCAGACGGGGAGAAGACGGAGGCCUUGGCUCAUACCAAGGUCCUCGAAGCCAAGCUGGAGAAGGCGGAGACGCGGGCGGCGUUCUCCCUUCCUGGCAGCUUCCCCUCCGAGUGUUUUUGUGGCGGCCAGCAGGACCAGGUCGCCGAUGAAGAGGUCACGCCAAGUGACGGAGAAACUUCCGACUCCGUCAUCUUUCACAUCCCUUGGGCUUUUGUCUUCCUGUGUAUCUGGUUGACAUUUGUCUCUUGGGUACUCUUCAAGCCCAGCGGCGUGGAUGGAUCGAGGCUUGCCUCCACCACCGUCGCGGGCGUUUCGGCUUCCUGCUCGGUCCUUGUGGCCGCCACCACAUCUUUUGUCACCUCGCGCUAUUGGGCGUUGACCCCUAUCGACAUUGUCACGGGCAAAGCUGGACUGUCGAUCGCCGAGUCGUUCGUCUUUGCGCAUGUCUUCGGACUGUCGGCCGCCAAGUCGUUCAACUUUGCGCUUCCAGACUAA